UCAGAUCUGGUGAACUGCAUCACAGCUAAGGAUUAGCAUCCUCUCCCAGCUCUCCGGUCUCUCCACCAUGAGCCGCCAAUUUACCUGCAAGCAAGGAGCUGUCACCAGGGCGGGCUUCAGUGGCUGUUCUGCAGUGCUCUCUGGGGGCAGCUCAUCCUCCUAUCGUGCAGGAGCCAAAGGGCUUAGUGGGGGCUUCAGCAGUCGGAGUCUGUACAGCCUGGGGGGCACCCGGAGCGUCCCCUUCAAUGUGGCCUGUGGCCCUGGGCGGGCAGGGGGCUAUGGGUUUGGCCGGGGCUGGGCCAGUGGCUUUGCUGGCAGCAUGCUUGGCAACGUGAAUCUAGGUCCCUCAUCUCCAUCCAUGUACCCACCUGGGGGCAUCCACCAGGUCACUGUCAACAAGAGCCUCCUGGCUCCCCUCAACGUAGAGCUGGACCCAGAGAUCCAGAAGGUGCGCGCCCAGGAGCGGGAGCAGAUUAAGGUGCUGAACAACAAGUUCGCCUCUUUCAUCGAUAAGGUGCGCUUCCUGGAGCAGCAGAACCAGGUACUGCAGACCAAGUGGGAGCUAUUGCAGCAGCUGGACCUGAACAACUGCAGGAAGAACCUGGAGUCCAUUUAUGAAGGCCACAUCAGCAGCCUGCGGAAGCAGCUGGAGACGCUGUCUGGGGACAGGGUGAGGAUGGAAUCAGAGCUGAGGACCAUGAGGGACAUAGUGGAGGACUACAAGAAGAGGUAUGAAGAGGAAAUAAACAAGCGCACAACUGCAGAGAAUGAAUUUGUGGUGCUUAAGAAGGAUGUGGAUGCAGCGUACAUGAGCAAGGUGGAGCUACAGACCAAGGUGGAUGCCCUGGAGGGAGAAAUCAAGUUUUUCAAGUGCCUGUAUGAGGGGGAGAUUGCCCAGAUGCAAUCCCAUAUCAGUGACACAUCUGUCAUUCUGUCCAUGGACAACAAUCGGAACCUGGACCUGGACAGCAUUAUCACUGAAGUCCGUGCCCAGUAUGAGGACAUUGCCCUGAAGAGUAAGGCUGAAGCUGAAGCAUUGUACCAGACCAAGUUCCAAGAGCUUCAGCUGGCAGCUGGCCGGCAUGGAGAUGACCUCAAACACACCCAGAAUGAGAUCUCAGAGCUGACCCGGUUUGUCCAGAGGCUACGCUCAGAGAUUGAGAGUGUGAAGAAGCAGUGCUCCAAUCUGGAAACAGCCAUUGCUGAUGCGGAACAAAGAGGUGACUGUGCCCUCAAAGAUGCCCGAGCCAAGCUGGAUGAGCUGGAGGGCGCCCUGCAGCAGGCCAAGGAGGAGCUGGCCAGGAUGCUGUGCGAGUAUCAGGAGCUCACUAGUGUGAAACUGGCGCUGGAUGUGGAGAUUGCCACGUACCGCAAGCUGUUAGAGGGCGAGGAGUGCAGGAUGUCUGGGGAAUACACAAACUCCGUGAGCAUUUCGGUCGUCAGCAGCUCUAUGGCUGGGACAGCAGGUGCAGGGGCUAGCUUUGGGUUUGGUGGGACCAGCACCUAUGGCUACCGGCCCAGUUCUGUCACUGGGGCUUAUGGCAUACUGGCUGGGGGCUGUGUCACUGGCAGUGGGAACUGCACCCCUCGUGGAGAGGCCAAAACCAGGCUGGGCAGUGCAAGUGAAUUCAAGGAUGUCCCAGGGAAGACCUCAGCUCUGAGCUUAUCCACCAAGAAAACCGUGAGAUGAAGUGACAAGCUGGUUCUCCAGCACCGGCCCCACCCUUGUUUCUCUGGACUCCCUUCCCCAAGAAAUUCCUUUGUCCUAUUUGUCACCAUCUCCUUCUUGUUUUUUUGCUAAUGCCAUGUCUUUCUUCCCUUCUGCCUCUCUGCCUUAGUCUUUUAAAAAUAAGAAUCAGGACUCUAAGGCUGCAGUCUUCUCACCCAUCAUUCUGUUUCCUUCACACAAAAAGAUCUUCACCUGGCCAUCACUUUCCCUGUGCGUACCCUUGUAGAAGAAAGUUCUCACUUACAGAUGGCCCCAAGUCUCCUGCUGCCCUUCACAUCCUGGCUCACCGUCCUCUGGUCACGUGUUCUCUGGACACAUGACAGUUCAGGGCCAUUGAUGGACAUACAAGAACUAUUGCCUGAUAGCUCCAACUCUGGCUAGAUACCUAGUCACAGGUUGAAUGUGGCAUGGCCACUGACCAUGAGCUGGGAGUCUUGUUAUGGCUGGUUUUUCCAACUAGAGCAUUUGGACCCUCAGUCUGUGAGUUCUUGCCCUUGUUUAGGAUCCCUCUUCUGCUUCCUAUGUCCCACCAAUAAACUUCUAAAAUUCA